AUGAUAAUGUUGAGCGGCGUUGUUGUGAUUCUUUUGUUUCUUUGUCAACCGUCUAUAGCCAUAGUUAUUAAGGCUUACAAAGCAAACCCGCUUCACGACGGCAAAUUGUUUAAUGAUUCCCUUUUACUGGAGGCUCCUUCUAACAGCCUCGGUAACUGUAACUCUAUUUGUGGCCCGGAUUGCAUAUAUUUUGGAUUCAACUUUAAACAGGAAAAAUGUCGGGUUCAUUAUACCACCAAACUAACCAAUGCUGAGAUGGAGGCAGAGUGGAGAUAUUAUGCUCCUUAUGAACCAAAUUAUAAAUCAAAAGACUGCUUAGGGGUUUUUAGAACUGGAAAGAACCGUUCUGGUGUUUUUAGAAUUUACCCAGCAGGGGGCGUUAGCACUGACGUCAUCUGCGACAUGGAAACAAUGGGAGGAGGAUGGACGGUUAUUCAGAAUCGAUUUGAUGGAUCUGAGAAUUUCAACAGAAACUGGAAUGAUUACAAAAGUGGAUUUGGUUCGACUCCAGGCGAAUACUGGAUUGGAAAUGAUGUGAUUCACGAACUGACAAAAGCAAACACUAGCUCGUUGUACGUCACAAUAACACUCACAAACGGAACAACUUUAUUUGAACUCUACGAAAAGUUCUCAAUUGCGAGUGAACUGGACAAUUAUAGGCUAUUUAUUGGGGGACAGGCCUCUGGAACUCUCGGUGACCAGAUGACUGAACAUGAUUUGAAUGGAAUGAUGUUCUCCACACUAGACAGAAAUAAUAAUGAUAAAUGCAGUUCUUAUUUUUGUGCCUCUAGCAACAAAGGGGGGUGGUGGUUUUACUGCUGUCAUUUUGCUUACCUGAAUGGGCUCUACAAUACGUCUGAUUGGUGGGGUCCUUGGUACCCUACAGUUACUACAGGAACAAUGAUCCAGAAAACAUCGAUGAUGUUAAGGAGGAGAUAG